CACCCAGCGGCGGAAACGGGCCCGCUUCGUCGACUGCGGAGGGGCCGCGCGCCAGGCAGGCAGGCAGGCAAGUAGUCAGGCUCGGCGCUGAGGAGCGAGUAGCCAGGCCUCGCCUCCGGACCCUCUGCCUCGAGGAAGAAGGGAAAGAAGGAGAGAGGGAGACCCGAAGGGACUGCGUUGCCGCCAUCAUGACCGCCGAGGAAGGCAAGGCCGAGGAGAUGAGCGCCGCGCCGGAGGGAGAGGCGGGCACCGACAUCACCCCCAAGAGCGACGGGGGCGUCCUCAAGGUUAUCAAGAAAGAGGGUACAGGAACAGAAACUCCCAUGAUAGGUGACAAAGUGACUGUCCACUAUACAGGAUGGCUUUUAGAUGGCACAAAGUUUGAUUCAAGCCGUGACAGAAAAGACAAGUUCUCAUUUGACUUUGGCAAAGGUGAAGUUAUCAAAGCUUGGGAUAUUGCUGUAGGAACGAUGAAAAUUGGAGAACUUUGUCAAAUUACUUGCAAACCAGAAUAUGCCUAUGGCUCUGCUGGCAGCCCUCCUAAGAUUCCUCCCAACGCAACACUGAUUUUUGAGAUAGAGUUGUUUGAGUUCAAGGGAAAGGACCUUACAGACGAUGAAGAUGGUGGAAUAAUUCGACGAAUCCGUAAAAAAGGAGAAGGCUACUCCAAACCCAAUGAAGGAGCCUUAGUAGAGAUUGAGGUCGAAGGUUGGCAUGGAGACAGAGUUUUUGACAAGCGUGAGCUGCGGUAUGAAGUAGGAGAGGGAGAAAAUUAUGACCUUCCUCCUGGGCUGGACAAAGCACUGCAAAAAAUGGAGAAGUUGGAGGAGUGUGUAAUAUAUCUCAAACCCAGCUAUGGUUUUGGCAGUGCUGGGAAACAAAAGUUUCAGAUCCCUCCAGAUGCAGAGCUGCAAUAUGAAAUCAAACUCAAAAGUUUUGAAAAGGCGAAGGAGUCAUGGGAGAUGAAUACUGACGAGAAGUUGGAACAAGGUUCCAUUGCAAAAGAAAAGGGUACCCAAUAUUUCAAAGAGGGGAAGUACAAACGAGCAACAUUACAAUAUAAGAAGAUUGUAUCGUGGCUGGAGCAUGAAACUGGACUCUCUGAUGAGGAAGAGUUGAAAGCCAAGAGCCUCAGGCUGGCAGCACAUCUUAACUUGGCCAUGUGCCAUCUGAAGUUAAAGGAAUAUACCCAUGUCUUAGAAAACUGCAACAAGGCUCUCGAGCUGGACAACAGCAAUGAGAAAGGUCUUUUCCGGCGUGGUGAAGCCCAUCUGGCUGUUAAUGACUUUGAGUUGGCGAGAGAAGAUUUCCAGAAGGUGCUACAGCUCUACCCAAGUAACAAAGCGGCCAAAGCACAGCUAAUGAUCUGUCAUCAAAAGAUCCGUGAACAGCAUGAGAGAGAGAAAAAGAUGUAUGCCAAUAUGUUCCAGAGGUUGGCAGACAAGGAGACAAAGCUGGAAGCUGAUACAGUCCGCAAAGAAGAGACAGAAAUGAAAGAUGACAAACAGAAUGGAGUUGAAGAAAAAACAGAAGUUGAUGUAGAAGCUUGAAGCUGUCAUGCUGAUCUGUUUUGUAAAAUUGAAGAAUUUCCAGUGAACUAGACCUUUAUUUUUCUAUCUGAUUGAAAUAAGGGACAGAGGCUGGGGUUAUGGUGCUGCUUUGUGUCUGUCUAUGUAGGAAACAUUGGUGGCUGAACAGACCUGAGUAAUCUUAGGGACUUUAUUUAUUCAAUCAUGAGUUCUGACUCUGUUAUUGAUCUUGGGAGUUCCAUCAAGAUUCCUUUUUAAUUCCUUUUUCUUCUCUGACUGGCAUCCCUCUCGGGUUCCUGCACAAUCUAGUCCCAAUUUCCAUUCUGUUUACUCUUGAAUAAAAGUCAAAGAAUCAGCUUAGCUAAAAAAAAAAGUCACUGUAUGAAAGACUUAACUAGUGUGUCCUUUCUCCUAUUACAGCCUGGUCAUGUCUUCUUUCCUCUGUCAAUGCAGGCAUGCUCCUUCCAUGGAGAUAUUGUUGUCAUCUUUCUUGUAAUGCCUCUUCUUUUGCAUAUUACUGAAGAUGAAGACUGCAGUCCAAAGCUUGAGCAAUAAAGCACCAAAAAAAUUGAGUCUGUGCCAUGUUUAGCAAAUGAGUAUUUCCUUGUCAGCAUCUUACCACUUGCUAGCUCACAAAGAGAACUUCGUAUAGCACUUGCCACUGUGAAUCCAUAAGUACUUGUCCAAAGGGAUUAUACAGGCUUAAGACAGAGACACAGCUGUCCUAUGAUUCCACCUUAUGCUGUGUAAGAAAGGUGUAAUUUGCUGGGAAUUUUACUCAUUUUGAAAGGGACGUAAAAUCACUUGGAAGCAGAAAUAGUUUAGCACAGAAGGAAAUCCAUUAGUAUAUAUAAAAAAUAGUGUAUAUAUCAAUCAAAUAAAAUUGUACUGACAACACCUUGUAUUGCCCUUAAAGAAGCCAGGGUGCAUUCUGCUACAACAGACCGCAUCCGUGAAGUUACUCUUUCUCAGGCAAUCUAGACAUAACUUAGCAAACAAGCAUGCGGGCAUGCUGCAGUGCUACCAUGACCUCGCCAGUUCAAAUUAGUGUGAUAUGCAUAAGAAUAGGAUAGUAGCCGACAUGCUUCAGAGCCUUGGGAGAGGUUGACUGCAAGCAUGUCUGUCAAGCAAACGAGCUACUCGUUGAUACAAAAUACACUUAAAUGCAGGAAAAUAGUCACACAUGCCUACUAAAACCUUCACCCAGCUCCAUCGGUUCCUUGCAUACAUGCACAGAGAACCCACAUGCUUCCAAAAGUCGAGGUCAAGGAUCUGCAGAAAUUUCUUUCCUCUCAGCAGGGAUGUGGAAGGGUGACAUGGAAAAGCAAAAACAAAAAAUUAAAUUGCAUGUUGACAAGAGCAUUUACUACAAUGCAGGGAACAGAAGAUUAACUUCCAUAUGUAUUUAUGGAUAUUUAUGGACAUAUGAUGUACCUAUCAUAUGUCUCACUUGCAACAAGCAUGCCAAAGUCCAAACAAGAAAUUGGGAGCAGGCAGCACACUUCUUCCAAGGAACAUUUGCCUCUUCCUCCAACAGAUCACAUUAAAUAAUUAAGAAAAGUGCUAUUAUCUGGGGGCUAUCCGUUGAUUGUGUUCCUAAUGCCUGCAAUUUGAGGUUUACUUACCAGGAGGUGAUAAUUGUUGAAAUAUAAACCAUUCGAUCUGCACUCUGUAGACAAUGGGAAAAGAUGUGGAAAACGGAAAGGGUAAAUUGCAUGGGAUUGCUGGAAGCUGCAGAAUAAAGUGAGUUUGUGCUCUCUGGGUUAA